UUCAAAAAAUUUUUUCGAAUUGUUUUUAGUUUUUCUAAAAACAUUUUGAUUUGAUUUCGAAGAGCUAAGGUUCUUUUUUACAUAAAGAUCUCGUCGGAACCCUAGGAAGCCAGAAGCACGUGUUGAAGAUGUCACGAGCACUAGUCUUAGUGUCACUCCUCCUCACUGUGGCCAUUCUCAGCGAUGCCUUCUCUACGGAAAACCCUACGGAUCGGCGAGUCCUCGUCUUGCUUGACGAUUUCGCCAUCAAAUCUUCACACUCUCUCUACUUCAACUCCCUUCAAUCCCGAGGUUUUGAUCUCGAUUUCAAGCUCGCGGAUGAUCCAAAGAUCGCCUUACAAAGAUACGGCCAGUAUUUAUACGACGCCUUGAUUCUCUUCUCCCCUUCAACUGAUCGAUUUGGGGGAUCAGUUGAUGCAGCUGAUAUUCUGGAUUUUGUUGAUUCUGGUCAUGAUUUGAUUAUUGCUGCGGAUGCGUCUGUCUCUGAUCUAAUUCGAGAGAUUGCAAUUGACUGUGGAGUCGAUUUUGAUGAGGAUCCAGAUGCCGUGGUUAUUGAUCAUACAAGCUAUGCAGUUUCUGAUACAGAAGGGGACCAUACAUUAAUUGCCGGUGAUGAUUUCAUUCAAUCUGAAGUCAUCUUGGGUAGUGAAAAGAUUAAGGUACACACAGUAAUUAAUCAUGAUAAUUUGAUAAUAAUUGUAGUAAUAUUUGAAUUUCAUUCAUUUGUGUUGAUGUUUCUUGCCUUGAUAAAACAUAGAGUUUUUGGUGCAACAUGACAGUGGAAAAUGUGA